UGUCCAUUCACUUAAAAUAAAUCACUUGAGGGAAUUCAUUUUACUGUCUUGGUGUAAUUCAUCAUACUGAUAGAAGAGAUAACUUGUCAGAUAGAAUAGGUGUGUGUGUGUCUGACAGGAGCAGUGUUUGGACCAAUUGUAAUAUGUAUAAAUCACACAAAAUUUAUAGAGGGGGGGGGAGAAAUAUCAAAAUGAUCUCGGUCUGAGUAACACAGUUUUUCUAUGAAUGUGCUGGAGAUAAAAAAUGGUAAUUCAAUUUGGGAGUGGUCUUUGAAGUUCAGGAACAUGCCUCAGCCACAAAAGACCCCGGUCUGUGGUUAGCCUUGAAAUUACACCUCUAUGGAAACUUUUAUAAUACUAGAGUGGCAUUUAAGCCUCUCUAUUUGUGCACAAUGACUGAAAAAUGUUUCUUUAAAAUUCUAUAAAAACUGUGUGGUUUGCGAUACUGUCUGUGAAUUUAAGGAGUGUGUACUGGAGACAGGACUGGAGAGACAGUUAGUGUUUUAAAUGUUUAUUUGGUGGUGGUGGUGGUGGUGGUGGGGUGGGGGUGUUACACUGGAGAUGAUCAACUUCAGUGAGUGGGUGAUUACUGAGGACAGAUAGAACUUGAGAUUAUUAGUUUAGGGGUUUUCUGGGAAUAUCACUGUGCUGCAGAUGAUAUAUUUGGUGUCUUUUUAUAUAUUUGGCUUCUAGCUGUUGAUAGCCAUUAGAGCAGGAAAGCUGGUUCAAAAUCAUAAAUUGUCUUAGGUUUACUAAGAAGUAAAAACAUGCAUGAUUCAUGUAACAUUAAUAGAUUUUAUGUAAAUAGUGGAUCUUUUUCUCAUUAGCUUUUUUGAUUAUUGUGCCAAACCCCCCAUUACACCCUUGACUAGUUACUGUAAACAGGGGAGCUGGCAGAAGCCUCUGUACCUCCUCUGUUAAGACAAUUGCAGUAAAUUGCCAGGAUUGGAUUAUUUACGACACUACAUUUUCAAAGGAACAGAACAGAAAGACAAUUAUAUACUUUCUUGUUUCUCCUUUAGUUUAUCUGAGGUAAUUAAGAAUCUUUUUUCCGGUACACUUGUGCUGUAGUUUUAUGUGAUAUAUUUAUGGUUGUACUGCUUCUUGAAUAAGUACAUGAUCUAUUUGUCUGUCUGAAUUUUUAUUUUGAUGUGUAUUGGAAAGAGAUAAAACAUUUAUAUUAGCAUCAUAAUAGGAAUUUCUAAAGGAGGCUGAGAUACAGAGUAUAAAGAGCUUUUUGACUUUGGUGCACCCAGCAAAGGAAUUAUUAUUAUCAAAUUUAAUAUGCUUGAUUAAAGGGACAUAACUUUAUAUAUGAAGAACAUGGGCUAGUUUAUUAUUGAUAAGGAAAUUUUCAUAGUGUGAAGGUAUGUAUUCAGAGUAGAUAUUAUACAAAGCAAGCUUUUCAUUUGCAAGGCAUUUAAAUCAUUUUAAAGCCAUUAAAACGUUGCUAUCUGACAAGCAUUAAUAAAGUGAUUAAAUUCGGCAUUACCAUUGCAGGUCAUGUGUCACAUUUCCUAUCCCCCUACAAGCUGACACACAGGCGGGUAAUCAUCCUGUCUGUGGAUGCACUGACUGCUCACUUAUAAAAGACCAGCAGACUUCAUUAUGUGCUGUUAAUUAACAUGUAAGGCCUGUUAAAUGCAAUGAUUGUUUUCUGAAGCCAAUAGCUAGUACCCUAUGCUGUAAGGAGUCAUGGGAAAGGUUUUGAAUUUUGAUGUGCCACUAGUCAAGGUUAAGUGAUUCUGUAUCAUGUAAUCUCCAAAUCCGUAUUUAAAUAUGUAUAUUGCACACUAUCAAUUGAAUUGCAUUGGGGCUGUUGAUCAUGUUGACAGAAUUAAUUUCUAAUAAAUCGUUUCGAUUUCGGUAGUGUACUUUUACUCUUUUUGUUGACGUUUUUAAUUAUGCGAGGAAAAAGGAUUAAAUUUUAUCAAGUGUGUCAUAAAUGUCUGUUUAAUCCAGAAGAAUAUCUCUAAAGGAAGAUUAAUUGUUAUCACAAUAUGAAAAUGGGGGACCACCUGUUUUGAGCUGACAAUAUAAUGAAUGCAUGAAUUAAAGAAAGCUCAAAUUUUGUUUUCACAGGGUGUUUACUGGAGAUAAGGUGUGCAAACUUAAUUAUGCUUAAAAAUACAUGUAUUAAUUUACUGAAAGAUUUCACAUUUAAAACUUCACUUUAGUACAUUGUAAUACAAAUUGAAAAUAUAGUUCUGUAAGUUUUCAUCUUCUUUCGAGUUUGAUUGAGAGGUUUAUUAAUUGUAUCAUAUUGGUGCAAAUCGGGCUUCAUUUUUCUUGUCACAAUAAAUAAUCUGUCAAGUCCCGACAAGAAUUGAAUAUGUGUUGGUGCCAGCUUUUGAAAUCUUUGCAUGGGUGUCAAAAAAGUGAUUUUUUUGUCAGGCUAGAUAAUCUCUAAUGGUCAUUACUCUUUGGAGAGUAAAUACCCCUGUUAGUGACCGAAGUUUACUGGACACAUUCUCUCUGGUCAUUCCCCCAGUGUACAUGUGGUAAAACAAUUCCUGGUGACCUGAAGUCGUUGUUUGGUAGGUCCCUGUCUAACAUUAUUUUUGUCAGCUCUUAUUUGUGUAUUGCAGCUGUGCCAUUGUUUGGUGAUUGUUUACCUGUUCAGACAAACCAGUCAGCUGAUGACAGCUAAAUGUGUAAUGAAUAACAUUUAAAUAUUAUUUAUGAAUGGGCUUUUUAAAAAUAUGAUCUGACUGAGGUCACAGUGUAUUAUUCAAGCAGUCAUGGUUGGACUCCAUCGUCUCUGUGUGUAGUGUACAAAAAAAAAAAAAAAAAAAAGAAGACGGCAAAAAUCUUCCAUCGAGCUCCUGAAUUCUUACGUAAAUCUCCGGCUUUUGUUGAGUUUACCUGUGGUGGUGGUUGGUGUGUACCAGUGCAGUAAUUACGAGGAUUGGUCUUUCUCGUAAGGCUGCAGUAAAGGAUUGUUAGACAUGCACAUUCAUAUUUCCAAUGUAAAGAGCAAUAUUGGAUUGGCAGGCUUGACAUUCUCUAACAUGUGGAUUAUCAUUGCAUGAUUUUUUUUGUGUUUGUUCAAUUCGAGACUGGGACAAAUUAUAUCAUCCCAGAUAUGGGAAACACACCAGCAGACAGACAGACCGUAAAGCCAGACUAUAAUCACUAGACGAGAAUGCUGCACAGUAAAGACACCGCCGUGAUGGAGGACCAGCAAAAGUCUGCAUACCAAAAGCAUAAUUUUCAUAGACUGGAAUUUGUCUUGAUGCUGAACAACAUUGCAAAUGACCUUGACAUCUUGCUGAAUGACUUUUGCACCAUAUACCCAACAAAAGAGAAUCAAGUCACCUUUAAAGCAUUUGGAACGGGCCAGUCAUGCAACUCCAGUCACAUGGUAGGAGAGGAUAGUGCCUUCGGGACCCUAGCGUCCACAGACAGCUAUUCCCACGACGAGAAAAGUGAAUCUUUUAAAUCGAGACACCUUGACGUCUUCAGGUUACAGCCACAGCAGGGCCUAGAAAUUCCUAGUAUCAUUAAUGAAUCGGAGGUAAACCUGCCCAUCAGAACAUGCAGUGAAACCAAUCUUGAACAGCGACACAUCUCAUUUCACGAACGCCUGACAAAGACCCAUCCCAUCUGGUACCUGCCAGACAUAGGUAGAUCUGGUGCGGUGCACCUCCUCAAAGACCGUGAACCUGGGACCUUCAUCAUCAGGAAUUCCAGCCAGACCAGUACCCUGGCUCUGUCUGCACAGUUUCCGGAGAAAAACCGAGCCAAUGUGGACCAUUAUCUCAUCCAGCAUUCAGACAAGGGCUUCAGGAUCCAGGGGUCACUUCAUUAUUUUGCCUCCAUUUUUCACCUGCUGGAUCACUACCAUCACUGGACUGAUGAACUACCUUGCCCACUUCUCCUUCCUCCAACCAUCCGCAGAGCCAAGACACUCCAAGAAUUGACUUCCUUAUCAUAUCUAGGUCAAGAUUUCUGGACAUCCUACAAGUUUGACCGAGGAUCCCAGAUGGAUUUGUCCCUUAACAAACCAAACCUUCACAAAUCUAAGAGUGAACCCAUUAACAUAAUUAAUGGCACUCACUGUGUUCCUCGAAAUCCCUCACCAAUGUUUCAUCAGCAAGGUUCCUCCAGUACCUUGGAAACGCUUGGGAAAUCCAGUCACUCCUCUCACAGUAAGGGGAGCCUAAACCAGACCACCUCCAGUGUGGAGGACAAUGUUGAGAAAGGUUUGGAUCACAGGAGACCCACCAGGAAAGGAAGUUCCGCUGAAAGUCUUCUCUCUAAUGACUCAGGUGGUGUGUCAGUCAAUCAACCAUCUCAAACUUCAUUGUAUUUCACAACCUCUCUGGAUUUAUUGAACAUUCCCGAGGAGAACCAAUAUUUUAAGAGUAAUCUGUCUGACAAGAUGUCGGAUUAUGAGGACAUAUGGAGACAUUCCAUUUCCUCUCAUAGUAUCCUUAGUCCUGUUCCCUCUACACCAAAGAGAAAGUCCAGCAAGAGAGGGGGGAGGAAUGAGAAGGUGUUAGCCAAGGAAGUCAUCAAGGAGAAAGAAUCCGUGAAUGAGGAAAAUUUGUGUGAAAACCAUACAUCCAAACAAGUUCCAGAGAAAAUGUUGAAUAGUGAACUCAAUGCAUCUACCUUCCCAACCCCAAAACCUAAAUCAAACAUUCACAGGACUCUGAGUUUGGAUGAUUACAAAAUCAAAAAUGCCAUACGUAGUGAAGAUGUGGAUGUUGAAUCCUUGAAAGUGAAAUUUUGCACAAGUUCUGUGCAGACACAGACAAGUCCAAAAAUGAAAACAAAACCCUCCCCACUUCCUGUCAAUGAUGACUCUUCAUCAACAUCAACCGCAUUGUCAUCUGCUAAAAGCCCUGUUUAUGCAGAACCAUUUGAUUCACUGAAUGAUGUAGAAUUAAAGAAAGUCAAUCGAAGGUCAGCACCUGCCAUGGGAAUUCACAAGAGGAAAGCAAGAGCUGUCUCCCAAACUCCGGAGCUGGAGACCAUUUUUUCCCCAGGAUAUGAUGAUGGAGAGGGAAAACAAACCUUUGACAGUUUCGAUUCUGUGAACUCAAAUAAUGGUGCUGACCACAAAGCCUUACGGAGGACUCAGAGUGCCAAAGUCAGAUCAACAAGUCAUCCUGAAAAAGACGUAUUACCGCCUUCAAUAAGCAGAUUGCGUCUGGAUAGCAAAAAGAUUGUGAUAGAUAACAACGCAAGGAAAAUGUCUAGGAGUAAAACUGACUUUCAAAAACAGUCUAGUAGCAGGAAUGUGAGUCAGACCAUCCAUCAAAGUAGGGAGUUCUCUUGGGAGGAACUGUCACAAGAACAGCAACAUGAAGUGACAUCCACUCUCAGGAAAUUCCCAGUCUACAAGAGGAAGACAUCUUGUGAAUCGUCAUCCACGGACGACACAGCUACGAUGGAGGACAUGAUAUCCACUGUGAACCCCACGUUGACUGUUCGACCGGUACAAUUCCUUAACCCCCUGCAUCAAACAAGUAGUUCUUCUGAAUAUGACAACUUGAGAAAUCCGUCCCGGGACCAGAACCGCCAGUCACACCUCAGUACCGGGACAGUGUUUUGUAAGCCAUGGGAUAACGUGUCCUUUGAAGCUUUAAUGAAUCCGAAAUUUUUUCCUACUAUGGAUGUGAAUGAGAGGAUUGAAGCAUGGCAAGCCUCCCAUCAAAGGAGAGAAAGCUUGUUAUCAGACAGUACAUUGGACUAUGUGUCCGAUGACGAUGAUGUUGUAGAUGAUGAUAGUUGUGAGGAUACUCCGAAAGUUAUUGUGCAUCCACCAUCAUCGGAAGGAAGUGUGUUUCAGAGCCGUGCGUGUGAUCCGCACCGUGGGACUUCUAGUCAUUUUCCACCUGAUAUACCACCAGAGUUAGUUCCUCCACAAGAUUAUCCAGAUGUGUGUAAGACUGCCAUGAAAUCUGUGAUAGAAAAUCGCCUUUCUGUGCACAGUUAUGGAAAUUUUGGAGAUACUCUUUCUAGUACUUUCCCCAAAUCCCCAGAGAGCAAAUUUUAUCAGCAAACAUCCCUUGCACCAACUGCAGAGGUAGAUAGAGGUACAAAGCCAAAGACCCCAGAAUCCAGAAUUGUUGAUUACAUUUGCAGGCUGUCUAAAGACAAGAACACAACAUUUGGCUGUACCAUCGAGAACUUCAUACAGUGUACUCUGGAUAGUCAGGAGACCAACCCUCAUCAUGUCACCAGAAAUGUCCGUCAGUUUAUGACUGGAAUAAGGAAUUAUCUAGUCAAGCAUGGGGAGGGUGAGUUAGAAGAUCUUAUUGAGCGUGAGCGUGGUCGAUUGAAAAAGGAUGAGAUACUCAACAUUGACAACAUUAUAGAGAGAUCCCUCCAUAUUUGUGUUCUUCAUCCACUGAAACUCCACAUCUACAACCUCUUUGUCACAGAAUACACAAGAAAUGGCAGUUUACAGAAACUCUCCAGCAACAUCAGAUAUGCCAGAACAAAGACGGCUAGAGACAUCGGUGUUAGGCCUGAUAUACCCCUACCAGACACUGGUACCAUGGACUCCAUAAAGGAGCACCUUCACAACAUGCAGAAGGCUUAUUCACCUCUAAAGAAAAUUGAGUGUCUGUUGGCAGCAACAUCUACUAUCUACAAAUGUAUGACUCAAAAUAUGAACAAAAAGGAAGGCAUAGUCACAAUAGGGGCAGAUGACUUCCUUCCUGUGCUGAUUUAUGUUCUGGUGCAGUGUGGGAUUGUGGCAGCAGAAAUCGAGGCCGACUUUAUGUGGGGUCUAAUCCAUCCAUCUCUACUGAAUGGGGAGGGGGGAUACUAUCUUACCUCUCUCAGUAGUGCUGUUCUGGCCCUCAAAAACUUCAAGAACAUGCAGGGUUCACUCCGUGAUUCUCAGCAGGUGGAAGUGCCGACAUUAGGAGACAUGGAGGGGUUCCUAAAGGUGGCCAUUCCCGAUGAGCUGAGAGACUCCAUCAUCUGGAAAACACUUCCUGUCCGGCCAAACAUGAAUACGAAGGAUGUGUGUUCUAUGAUUGCCCACAAGUUCCGAAUCACUAAUCCACAGGACUAUGGUCUCUAUCUAUUGGUCAAUGGAGAAGAAACUCGACUGGUUGACAUGAAUAUCCCGCAGGUGAUUAAGUUGGAGCACAGUUCACAAGGGAGACAACCAGUGUUUGCUUACAAACGGAAUGCUGCAAUCAUAGCCUGGCCGAUGUCCGUCAAAAAACAACAGAGUUGAUCAAACAGACAGGAUGUUAUAAGAAUCGGGCUCUAGGAACGUGGAAGAAAUGAUACACUGCUGCAUGUGGCUUUCAGUCGUGGGGGAAGGUUCAAAAUGUCCAGAUACACAAUGAAAAUUGUUGAAGUUUGAAGCAAGAUAGCAGUGGGGUGGGGUAUCUUGGUAAAGCUGUACAAGCUUUGUAUCUUUUAAUAACAUGAUAUUUACGAACUGUUUGGUAACAUCAAAUGAGUAUCAUAAAGUGUAAAUGUUUUAAAAUCAUUAUGUCACAAAAAGAGCGUGGGGAAUGAAAGCAUGUAAAGCAUUUCCGUCCAUACAGUUUUAUCUAUGCAAUUUUCCAUAUACACAUUCAAGUUACACUGCUAACUGACAAAAGCAGUAUUUUUCUGUGAUCCAGUAUGCCAUUUCAUUGUAAACAUUCCAUUUACAUCACACACACGUGAUUCAUUGUGUUAAGCAGUCCUGCUUGGACUUCAUGAAUGAAAGAUUGUUAAGGAGAAAAAAAAAUAUCUUUAUGAAUGAAAAUUUGUGUAGAUGAUGGCUUAAGCUGUGUAUUAUAGUGAUAGUGGCAGGAAGAAUUCAGUUUGAAAACCAUGUACACAUUAUCCAUUGCCACCGUUUAUUAUCACAAUGGUAUCUACAACACUAUUCAUCAUUUUAGUACAGUUUAUUUACAUGUAUGAUAGAGCAUGCAACAUAUCGUUAAGACAUUACAGUAGAACAUGGUUAUAGUGAAACUUUGUAAAAGGAAUAACUCAUUAUUUUGUCCUUUAUGUUUAUACACCUGUCAUAGACAGGUUCUAUUAUGGUAUGGCCCAGUUUGUUUGUCUGUCAGCACCUUACAAUUUACAUUGUGACUUUCUAGGUGCAAAUCAAGAUAGAAACACCACUACAGUACUGAUAGGAUGAUCAAACUUGAUCCAUGUAUUCACAUCACAGCUUGUAUUGUGGUAUAGUGCAGUUUCUCUGGGUCUAUCAGCACCUUGUGGAAAGGAUAAAAACAGCAUUGAUAAGAGUAGGAUGAUCAAAAUUGGUAUACGUUCCCCAUGGUGAGAGGAAGGUGCCUUUUAUUUCUCAAUGUCAGAAGUCAAGGUCAUACUUUUGUGGGUCAUCGUGGAAAGAAACAGUACUGAUAAGGCUAGGAUCAUCAAUCUUGUUGUACAUGUAUCCCAUGUUGGUGCCAAGUAUAUUUUUGAAAAGUUUUUUUUUUCUUUAGAUGUUGUACUUGUUCGAGUGAAAUGCCCUUUAGUCAAAUUUUGAUGUUCAUAUAAUCUCAUCUGCGACUGUUUGAGCCACUUUUUUUUUUAAACCAAAGAAUGGUUUAUUUGGAUAUUAAUCCUUUCUUGAAUUACUGUUGCAUUGCUGAAUGUAUUAAGAGUGGUGUUGCUCUUCCUUAUAAGCAGUAAAUGAUUGUAACUGUAUUUACUGUGUUACAUGAGUUACCCAUACUCCUUUUGUUUAUGAAGAAACAUGUGUAACUGAGUUGUAAAAUUCCUUUUAUGUUCUGAAGAUGCCUUUUAAAAUGAAUGCAUAUUCAUUCUGUGGUGCCAUAUUUUCAGUAUUACAUUGUAUGUAUCAUCAGCUGUUUAUGUACUCAUAAUUUUGUUUUGUUCGAGUAUAAAACUUUUUUAGAAUUACAAUUAUCAACAAUGCAUGUCUCAGCAUUAUUUUAGGUUUAUAAUACAAGCACCAGUUUUGUGCAAGGUAGCACAUCAGCACAAUGUGCUUCUGCAUAUAUCCAGUUGUUGUGUCCAUCUUGAUCGUCGAACAACUGUUAUUUUCCAGUUUUUAGAUGUAACAGAAUUGGUGCCUGUGCAGUUAGUACGCUGUUAGUUGUUAUUUGACAAUUUGUCAAACAAGUUGUGAUGUUAUUGGAGGAAAUACUCCUUGUUCUUUUAAUCACAAAUCCUAAAUAAAAUGUAGAAAUGUU